GUUUAUGCAAAUAGUUCAUUCCCUACAACGUUCCUCCGGGAAUGGUCCCCUCCUUCCCCUCUACAGUCAUUCCCUCCCCCUUGCCUCCCCUACAUGACCGCUCUCUCCCUCAACACAGAGUGGAUGAAGACGCUGUCAGGAGAGUCCAGGAUCCAAAAACAAGCCUUGAGAAAUGUGGCUCUUAUACCUCCUGGUGCCCAUCCUGUUCUGCCACGUGGGAGGCUCCAUCCCCGUUUCGCAGAAGCUCUUUGGGGAGGUGACUUCUCCUCUGUACCCCAAGCCUUACCCCAGCAACUUUGAGAAAACCACUGUGAUCACAGUGCCCACAGGAUUCAGGGUGAAGCUCAUCUUCUGGCAGUUUGACCUGGAGCCUUCUGAAGGCUGUUUAUAUGACUAUGUCAAGAUCUCUGCUGACAAAAAAACUCUGGGGAGGUUCUGUGGGCAAGUGGGCUCUCCACUCGGCAACCCCCCAGAAGAAAAGGAAUUUAUGUCUCAAGGGAACAAGAUGCAGCUGACCUUCCACACGGACUUCUCCAAUGAGGAGAAUGGCACCAUUAUGUUCUAUAAGGGCUUCCUGGCCUAUUACCAAGCUGUGGACCUCGAUGAAUGUGCUUCCCAGCGAAACUCAGUUGAGGAGAAUCUCCAGCCCCAGUGCCAGCACCUGUGUCACAACUAUGUUGGUGGCUACUUCUGUUCCUGCCGUCCAGGCUAUGAGCUUCAGAAGGACAGGCAUUCCUGCCAGGCCGAGUGCAGCAGUGAGCUGUACACAGAGCCAUCCGGGUACAUCACCAGCCUGGAGUACCCCCAGCCCUACCCACCUGACCUGCGUUGCAACUACAGCAUCCGGGUGGAGCGCGGCCUCACCCUCCACCUCAAGUUCCUGGAGCCUUUUGAAAUCGAUGACCACCAGCAAGUACACUGCCCCUAUGACCAGCUACAGAUCUAUGCCAAUGGGAGGAACAUCGGCGAAUUCUGUGGGAAGCAAAGACCCGCUGACUUGGACAGCAACAGCAAUGCGGUGGAUCUGCUGUUCUUCACAGAUGACUCGGGGGACAGCCGAGGCUGGAAGCUGCAUUAUACCACCGAAAUCAUCAAGUGCCCCCAGCCCCAGACCCUAGACAAGUUCACCAUCAUCCAGAACCUACAGCCUCAAUACCAGUUCCGUGACUACUUCAUUGCCACCUGCCAACAAGGCUACCAGCUCGUGGAGGGAAACCAGGUGCUGCUCUCCUUCACAGCUGUCUGUCAGGAUGAUGGCACCUGGCAUCGUGCCAUGCCCAGGUGCAAGAUCAGGGACUGUGGGCCACCCCGAAGCCUGAAUAACGGGGCCUUCAAUUAUGCCACCACAAAGGGGGUGAACACCUACCAGGCCCGUAUCCAGUACUACUGCCAGGAGCCAUAUUACAAGAUGCAUACCAGAGGCGGCAUCAGCGAGACCGCGCGAGGGGCCUAUACCUGCACGGCCGAGGGCAUUUGGAAAAAUGAAUGGGAAGGAUCGAAGCUUCCUCGGUGUUUGCCAGUGUGUGGGAAACCCGUCCACCCUGUGGAACAGAAGCAGCGCAUCAUUGGAGGGCAAAAAGCCAAGUUGGGCAACUUCCCCUGGCAGGCCUUCACCAACAUCUAUGGGCGAGGGGGUGGAGCCCUGCUGGGCGACCGCUGGAUCCUCACAGCUGCCCACACCCUCUACCCCAAGGAUCAUGAAGCACAAGGCAAUGCCACCGUGGAUGUGUUCCUGGGCCACAUAAGCGUGGAAGAGAUCACAAAACUAGCAAACCACCCUGUCCGCAGGGUCAGCAUCCACCCAGACUACCGCCAGGAUGAGUCCCACAAUUUUGAGGGGGACAUUGCCCUCUUGGAGCUGGAAAAUAGUGUCACCCUGGGUCCCAACCUCCUCCCCAUCUGCCUCCCUGACAACGAGACCUUCUAUGACAGGGGCCUCAUGGGCUAUGUCAGUGGCUUUGGGAUAAUGGAGGAGAGGCUUUCUUAUGACCUCAAGUUUAUCCGUCUGCCCGUAGCUAAGCGAGAGGCAUGUGAGAACUGGCUCCGGAAAAAUAAGAGGAGCGAUGUGUUUUCUCAAAACAUGUUCUGUGCUGGGGACCCGUCUCUAAAGCAGGACGCCUGUCAGGGGGAUAGCGGAGGGGUCUUUGCAGUGAAGGAUGAGAACAAUGACCGCUGGGUGGCCACGGGCAUAGUCUCCUGGGGCAUCGGGUGCAGCAGGGGCUAUGGCUUCUACACCAAAUUACUCAACUAUGUGGACUGGAUCAAGAAGGAGAUGGAGGGGGAGGGCUGAGCCCAGAAUUCACUAGGACAGAAUCCAGAGAGCAAUGCAAAAAAAAAAAAAAAAUUAUCUGACCAGUUAUUGAUAACCACUAAGAAUCCAUAUUAAAAUCACUGAUGCAGAAAAAACCCGUGUGAAAUAAAUGCUCUUUUCUAUAACCCCAUCCCUGUUUGUUACCUAAAACAACCCAAAAGUCACCUUUCUUUCCUCUAAGGAUUACAGAAGAUAUAUUCUACAAUCUCUACUUAUCAUUGUUCUCUUCCAUUUUUGUACCAUUGGAUAAUUGAAACUCUUUCUAAAUAAAAUUUUAUGAGAAAUUCCAGUGUGCUUGCGAUGCCUGGGUGGCUCAGGAGGUUAAGCAUCUGCCUUCGGCUCAAGUCAUGAUCCCUGGGUCCUGGGA